UCAAACGUGCUCAUGGAAUCAUCGAGAAACUCCAGUGUUAGUCCGAGUUUCAAGGUGUGUUUUUUGGGGUUUUUUUUUUUGCCUCUUAUGCAUCUUCCUCGAGAAUGAGGUGGAUAUUUUUUUCAGCUGAGGAACAUAAACCGUCUGACCAGCAGGAUACAGAAAACAAGCAGCGUCCGAAAUGGUAUAAAGGGAACAUCAAGAUCAACAUGGACCAAGUAAUGCAGUUUGUUGAGCCGAGCAGGCAGUUCGUCAAGGACUCCAUCAGGCUUGUCAAGAGAUGCACAAAACCCGACAGAAAAGAAUUCCAGAAAAUCGCAAUGGCCACAGCAAUUGGAUUCGCCAUCAUGGGAUUCAUCGGUUUCUUCGUUAAACUGAUCCACAUCCCCAUCAACAACAUCAUCGUCGGUGGUUAAAUUCCAACUAAGCAAGAAGACAAACGUCAGCAUCCGGCUUUAGAAGACCGACAUGCAACAUUCUAAAGGGGGAUUGAAGGGGUGACAUUUUUUGACAUUCUGUAAUUAACAUUUCUAUUUUGCUGUGUAAAUAAAAAGCAAAAACAAACAA